CCCUCUGCCCGGCCUCUCCUGCUAGCCAGCAGGCUAGGCUAGCUGAGCGGCUAGCAUCUUUCCUCAGUGUAAUUAGUUGAGACGCACCGGCUCCAUCCACAUCACGGUGCUGUUAGGACUGAACCGACCCCGUUUAAAUCCCCCCCAGCACACAGACAGAGCGCUCACAGCACAGGGACACACAACACAGGCUUCACAUUAUCAAUCACUGAAGAUGAUUAAGCUCUUUUCCCUGAAGCAGCAGAAGAAAGACGAGGAAUCUGCUGGAGGAAACAGGACAGGAGCCGGGGGGAAAAAAGCCAGCGCGGCCCAGCUCCGAAUACAGAAAGGUAGGCUAGUUACCAACACCAGAACCCGCUUAGCUGCCGCUGGUCACCCACGAACCUCAGGGUGACACGACCCCGUUUACUGUCCAACAUAGAGAAAUACAGAAUGAAAUCAGGACAUAAUAACUCACUGGGGCUAACAGCUAGCAGGCUAACGCUAGCAUGAAGUAGUGUUAGCUAACCACGGCUAGCUUGUUCUAUAUUUGAAAACAAAACGCAGACAGCCAGUCAAGAGCUGCUUCAUAUCAGACCGUUAGGGGCUAACACGUUAGCACACAGCUAACACUAAACAACGUCUAACCCGGGACAUUACUAACUAACUAUUAAUCGAAUGUAGCCUUUAAUUACAAGGUUUCUCAGGUUGAUUUUCAGGCUAAGGAAAGAUAGCUUUACCUGGCUAACUUGCUGUGUCAGCUCUGUUUAUUUGUCUGUUAGGUUAUACACGUCUACAUUCACAGGUUAACGACACUUUGAUGAGCAGAUAACAAGCUAAACUUAGUGUCAGUUAACGUUUUCACUCCUUAUUGAAAAAGAAAAAGUGAUUCCUGUUCUUCAGAGACUCACUGUCAGCCUGACUGAAACACACCUUUACGCACAGGUGAUGACAAACCCUUCAGGUAUUGAGUUAAUGUGAGAAACUGCGGGGUGCUUCCUCCUUAGUCUGUGGGCAGAUAAACACAAUGCAGCUCCUCCUGUGAUGUCCGGGGAUGGACACACCCGAUGGGCAGGUGUGGAGAGCCAGGUGAAUUCAACAGUCUGACAUUCAGCCAUUCAUUCAUCCUUCACAUCAAGGUUACACUGAAGUAAGAGCUGUAUGUGUAAAGUAGGGAUGUAACGAUAUGAAAAUUUAACAUCACGAUUAUUCUGACCAAAAUUAUCACGGUUAUCAGUAUUAUCACAGUAGUAUUGAAAUAUGUUCAAAAUGUUUAAAAAGUACUUAUACAUGCCCUGAAAUCACUUUAAGUUUUAUUUUGAAAAAAAAACAAAAAAAACAAUCCAAAUUUCACGCACAAUGAACUUUUCCUCAACCUGAAAUAACAGAGUAACGAUAAGCUUAAAAAAUUAAAGACGGGGCCUUAAAAGAGCCAGAGGUAAUCAACACUAGUACUAGUAAUAACAAAGUACAAAGUAAUGUGCCAGUGGCAGAAAUAUUAACAUAAUAACAAAUAAAUAAAAGUUAAAUAAAAUGACUUUCCUUAUUGUGCAAAUUGUAAGAAUCUUCAGUGCUCAAAAAGAUCCACUCUUACAAAUAUAAAACAGAGCAUCACAAUUAUAUGAAACAAUACAACCACAUGUAUACAAAGGUGUAGUGCAGGUCUUUAAAAUAACAAAAUAUGUGAGCAAAUCAAAUGAACCACACUGAGUGUCAGUUUUCUCCACCAUAUGGUGCUGCUCAUAGACUGUAUACACUAUGGACAAGUUGGUCCCGCCUCCCGCCAGUAAACGGAUUUGAAGCCAAGAAGCUCGUGGUAUUUCCGGGAUUUUUCUUCAUUUCCUGAAACCAGCGCUGCGCAGUAGCGUUGUACGCAUUCGGCGGGAGAGUCGCUGUGAUGACGCUCGGCUCAAACAGCGUAUCCCGCGGGUGAGCUACACAAUCCCUGAACGCCCAUAGGCUGUAUCAGGUGUCAAUCAAAGAAAACAUGAACUCCCUAAUAACUUUUAAAAAACGGAGCUUCACAGAAAGAGAGGACUAGAGCACAAACUAGUCUUACUGUAACUACAUGUCAACACUGCAAGCAGGGGGAGAAACAUUUAUGUUCUCUGUAAUAAAUUUCUAAAGUUUGUCCACAGCCCCAUAAGCUUCGCUGGCGGAGGCGGGAUUUAUGACCUGUACUGCAACCCGUCACCAGAGGGUACUGUUCUCGGAGUGGCUUCACCCAACGAGGAGGCAGACUCUGUCCAUUCUUUAUACAGUCUAUGGUCAUGAUCUGCGAGGGGAAACGAUGUGCCCGCUGGCACUGAAUAGCCUCUCGGAUGGCACGCUGGUUGCUGGGACGCACAAAAGCUUCCUGACAACCCUUUGUAGAAGCCGAAAUACGCCCAGAUUUCGGACUUUGUUUUAUUUGACAGCGAAAAAAUCUCUGCAACACGGUCGGCAGAACUGCCCGCAAAACUGCCAUCCACCACUGAGCAGUCUGUGAGCUUUUCUAGAGUGCGGCAAUCAAACAUGGUUUUAACGGUAAUUAAAAAUUGAAACUGUAGUACUAACCAUCAGAUAUUUUACCGCGGUUUAUCAUUUUACAGAUAAUCGUUACAUCCCUAGUGUAAAGUGAGCUGGUUGUAAAAGUGAGAUGGAUUUCUGACAGGGUGACAACAACCUGUUUUUUUUUUUUUUUAUAUAUGUUUAUUAAAUUUUCCAGAAACAAAACAAGAACACAUGACAAAAAAUAAACAAACAAACAUACAUUUGCCUCACACACACACAUUUAAGUUCAAAUGUAAACAGGUGAGAGAUUCAGGUAUCAUAUUAUAAAAAUAAAAUAAGUAGAAUAAAAGUAAAAUAAAUCAAGUGUACAAUGCCAUGCAUAAUACAUUCAUAUGUUCAAAUAAAGGUUCAGAGAGGCAAAAACAUUAGUUAAGUAGGGCGUCAUUUUCAAGGCAGCACGCUCAUAGCUAUGAUACAAACUCUCUCGCAAGAAAAGUAGAAAUAUUUAAACCAACAUAUGACACAAAGGGUUCCCAUGUUUUCAUCUUUGCAGUGUAGUUUACAUGUCAGGUAGUCCAAUGCAACGUACUCAAGAGUCACCCUUUGAUAGAUAGAUAUAUAGAUAGACAGACAGACAGACUUUAUUGAUCCCAAACUGGGAAAUUCACAAAUUGCCACUGGAUUGCCACUCCAAUCCAGUUUAAGACUUCCUAGCACAGAACGCAAGUGUUUGAUGGAGUUUCCUUCUAUAUUUAUCGGUGAUGGACAGAUCAGAUAUGCCAACUAGCAGACAUAAAGGAUUAUUAUUUGUAUUAGUAGAUAGAAUCUUAUUAAUUUCCUGUCCAAUAACUUGCCAGAACUGUUGUAUUUCCCAACAAUAACACAAACAAUGUGUGAGGCUACCAGUUUCUAUUUUACACUUGGGGCACAACAGCCUGUUGACUACACAUUAACAGCUGACUUUGUUACCAGCUUAAAAUAAGUUAACAUGAAUGCUGUUACCCACAUCAAAGAAACUGUGUGCAGUGUUUAGUUACAUCUAUCAGAGCAAACUUUGUCGAAAUGGAAUACAAUCUUCAUCAGUUUAAAUUAGAGUAUAAUUACCCGGAUAAUAAUAUAAUAAUACUCUUCCUAAAAUUACUUUUGGUCAGCCUGAUAUGAUUGUGUCUGCUUAGUGCACAGAUCACUGAAGCUACUGUAAUUUGAUCCUGUACAUUUGGCUGAACUGGACCUUUACUGAUAACUAUAUCAGUAUUAAAGCUUAUUAAGUUUUACUUAUUUACAGGGACAAACACUCUCUACUCCAGUGUUUGUCAUACACUCUGAUUUUCGCUCUCUUCAGAGUCUUGGGGGGGGAAAAAAAUAUGAGAAGGCAUCACUUUAGACUUUUUGCACUUAGUACUCUUUUUCCAAUGUUUUCUGACAAUCAUAAUGAGUUAGUUAGAUUGGCAUUGCUAAUAAACUGAUAUAUCUGACUAUCUGUUGUUUUUCUCUGUGUGUUUUGUGCCGGUUUGUGUUUCAGACAUCAAUGAGUUGAACCUGCCAAAAACGUGUGAGAUCAACUUUCCUGAUGACGAUGACCUCCUUAACUUCAGACUCAUCAUUACACCAGACGAGGUCGGUUUUUGUGUAUGACUGUGUGUGUGGGAAGGUGUUCCUGUUUUGCUCAGGGAAUACUUUUUACCUGUCGUACUCUGGCUUGUGAACGAGCUGCGAACUUAUGAGGUUUUUUUUUUUCAAAAUCUUACUAACCAGGAUAGCUUUGCAGAACAUCACACCUCAAUAUCAAUUCUAAUGAUAAAAUCUGAAUUAAGUGAAGAAACUCUGAAUUGUGAAGUGAAGAAAUUUGUAAAGUGAAACAAAAAUGCGGUGCAGUAAGACAGUUAAACACAGUAAAGUAAAAGUUAUACACAAGAGAGUGCAGGAAAGAUUCACCGUCAGGAUCAGUUAAGAAAUUCAGGAGAAUCCAUCAAAACUCCUCUGUUAUGUGAAGAAUAGAAACACGGUGAAGGGACAAAUGAGAAGCUGUAGAGUGCAGCACAGUCACACUGUAGAGUGCACUAACUAAACACAGUAGAGUGUAUUGAGAUAAAUAGGCCGUGGUGUGCACCAAAGAAACACUGCAGGGUGCAGUAAAGGAGUAGUAAUGUGCAGAGGAGUGUAAACACAGUCAAGUGCAGUUGUAAAAUGCAACAGUUUGCAAGAAAGAAACAAAGUAGAAUGUGAUUAAGAAAUGCUGUAAAAUAUAAACAGUAAAGAAGAGGGCAGAGAUGGGUGCAUCAGUUAAGUAUCGCAGUGAAGAACAUGAGGAAAAUGCAGAAUGCAAUAAAUAAACUCAGUAUGAAGCAGCUGAGUAACGCAGUAAAGUGCAGUAAAGAAAUGUAGUGAAAAUUCAAGACAAAAAAGAAAAUGCAAUAAAUAAAGAAACAAGGAAAUGUGAGGAUGAGAAAAUUGGUAUUGUGCAGUAAGAAGUAAGAAUAGUGCAGUGAAGAAAUAUGUUAGAAUGCAAUUCAGUGUAGAGUGUCAGUAAGAGCGUUGUGAGAUGCACAUGAGAGUACAGUAAAGACACUCAGUAAAGUGCAAUAAAAAAACGUUAGAUCUCAGAUACAAACACGGUUAUAGACGGGUUUCUGUGCAACGUCAUCGCAGGUAUGUGCGUGCAGCCAGGGGGCAGAAAGCGGGACGUUCCUUAUUUAUUUACAAGCAGAGUCAACAGAGAAAGAAAAUGACAAGGAGCUGUUGUGCUGUAAACUGGACGAAUCGGCAAAACAAACAAUCGGCAAACAUUACGACCCUGCUCCUGAGAUUAGAAACAUCUAAAACAACAUGGACAUUUCAGCAAGUGUUUUUCUGAUUUUGAUGCAUUGAAAGACAAAGCGAUUUUUUAAUGAAAGGAUAUUUCUUUGCAAUUGUGUCAGAGAGAACUUGCAAACAAUACAGCAUCUUCAUUGAUAUCAGUUCACUCCAAAGCAGGCUUUGCCCCCCUGGUUGCGCACGCACCUAGUAUUGUUUGUACACAAGAAACUGUUUAUUUGGUUACAGUGGAAAUACGAAUUAGAGUGCUGCUGUAAGAGGACAAAAGUUAAAAUAUACAGUAGAGUAUGUUUAAAACACAUCAGAGUGCAGUUGUGAAAUACUGUUCAAUGCAAUAAACAUCACUGAACUGAAGAAGCAGUUUGCGUAAAAUAUGUCUGUAGUUUGCAAUUGACAAACACCAAGAAGUCAAAUUAUGAGAGCAGAAGAGACUCGCAGACAUCGAAGAAUUGUGGCAGAGUGUGGAAAAGGAAUGAAGUAUUGUGCGUAUCAUAAUGAUGUUCAGAGGGGUAUAAAAACAGACUGAAGUGAAAAGAGGGCAGAGAGUUGUAAAGAAAUGUUAUGAAACUGACUGGAAUAGUAAAGAAAGGUAGUAGAAGAAGCGUCACCGGUUUCUGAAAGAUUUGAUUACAGAGACAAGUGAUUUCCAAAAAUGAAAGGUCACAUAAUACAAAAAAAAUUACUGUCAUACAACCUUUAGUUUCAUCAUAACCUUUAGUGACAGACUGUUGUUAUAAUCUUAUUUUACUGCUUGUUUGUCAAGGCUUCAUCUGAAAGUUAAAUAUAACUAAGAAAUAAACGCAGUGCCAUUGUUGUUUCUGUAAAUACCGUUCAGAGUGUUUUAUCUGUGCGUUCUUGUAUUGCAGGGUUUUUACAAAGGAGGAAGAUUUGUCUUCAGCUUUAAGGUGAGAAACACUGAGCCCGUCAAUGUGAACCUCAGUUUCUGUGUUUAAAACAAACAAAUAAACGUGUGUGUGUGUGUGUGUGCGCUUACAGGUAGGACAGGGUUACCCCCAUGACCCCCCCAAGGUAAAGUGUGAGACGUUGGUGUAUCACCCCAACAUCGACCUGGAAGGAAACGUCUGCCUAAAUAUCUUAAGGUCUGUUUACCGCUGUUCAAACUGUGAAUAGUUUUUUUCACCUCUCCUAAAUAACCACAGCACCUAUUUUUGCUGAAGCAUUCACUUCUGGACAAAUUUCCUUUUACAUAUAAGUUAUUAUUAGUUUAUUUCUGUGUACUCAUUUACUUGUAGAGUGCAGCAGUUGUUGUCCAUUAGCUUUAGCAUGGAAGCCAGUAAAGAUCUAUUUCACCUUUCAGUAACAAUCCAAAUAUUGAGAACAAGAUUCACUUCAAAUAUAAGAUUUUCAUAGAAUGACCUAAAAUCUAAAAACUUUCUUCUUUUUAUAUUUAUUGUGGUUAUAAAAGCAGGUGCUGGGGCCCAGAAUCUCAAAUAUAUUAGCAAUUAAUUCAAAUACGUUAGAAAUCAAAUGUUUUGCUCUUGUGUUGUUAACAUGCAGUCAGCUUAUAAAUAAAGUAAAGUUUUGUCUGUUUUGUGUUCUUGUCCACAGAGAGGACUGGAAGCCUGUGUUGACAAUAAACUCCAUCAUCUACGGUCUACAGUAUCUAUUUCUAGUGAGUAAAACACAAUCACAUUUUUUAUAGAUCACAUUUGAAGGGAGAGUCACCGCAGACGGUUUCUGCAGCUGCAUCGGGUGUGAAAACUGAUCCUGAAACUAAAGCCUGGAACAAAAACUUUACAGAGUCCACACAUGAGGACUAAUGAUGACAGAGUGGCAAAUGUAGUAUCUGUAGUGUGAUGUUGUCUGCAACAAUGUGGUGAUCAGACACACUGAAAGACUCUGUCAGCAGCAGCUAGAGUCCUGAGUCACUCUCUCACAGUCAAGCGUGAUUUUAUGCUGCAUUCCAGUUGAAUUCGGAAGUCAGGAUUUCCAAGCUCUGAGUCAGAAAUUCAUCCGGAACGGCCCCCUGAAGUCGGCUUUCUGACUCGGAAAGUCGGAUGAUCCUCGCCAACCCCGACUUGACGGCAAUGUCAUAAUUCAAGAUGGCAGUGCAGUGCAUUAACAGUAAAGAGUAACAGUAAAAGCUCUCGUAAUGUAUUAUUUUUUUUUUUUGUGAAAUUAAAUAAGUGGUAACUGUGAACACGGUGCUAUGGUGUUCGUAAGAGGAAAAUACUGUGUUGUGCCUUGUUUACAACUGGUAUAGCUAACAACAACUAGCAACCGCCGACAACGACUAACAACAGUUGACAACCGCUAACAACAACUAACAACGGCUAAUGACAGCUGACAAUCAUAAACAACAGCUAACAACAGGUAACUGUAAGCGCCCAUCUUGGUUUUCCGACUUGUUAACUGGAAUGCAGUCAACUCGGGUUUAACGCCGUUUUGAGCUCCGACAUCUAAUUUCCGAGAUAACUGGAACGCAACAUUAGAGUUCACAUUUCAGUUGUUCAAUUGAACACGCUGACCAAACACUCAUGUUGUUGCUGUGUAUCAACAAGUGGAUUCUAUAUUCCAUCUUGCGUUUACUAUUGUUGCUAUGGUUGCAUUUGUAGUUCUUCAGCUAGCUCACCUCCUGAUUGGCUAUUGAGUAGUUACACAGGGGAGAGAAGAGGAAUCUCUGGAGACAAUCAUUGCAGCCAUCUGAUUAUCGGGCCCUUGCAGAGUUUUUGACUUAAGGGGGGAAUCCAACCGAAAGUCAGCACAAUUAUCUUGUAGUAUGAGUCCUGCUUAGGAGAUAAACACAAGUGUAUUAAUGAAACCUCCUCCCUCUCAUCCCCUCCUAUCCUCUGCAGGAGCCUAACCCUGAGGACCCAUUGAACAAGGAGGCGGCAGAGGUCCUGCAGACGAACCGGCGGCUCUUUGAGCAGAACGUCUUUCGCUCUCUGAGGGGGGGCUAUAUUGGCGCCACCUAUUUCGAGAGGUGUCUUAAAUAACUCGGCGUCCCAUGAUCCUCGAGACCCCCCCCCUCCCCACUCCUCACCUCCCUCUCCUCCCCCUUUUCCUCACCUCCCCUCCCCCUCCAUCCUUUUCCCCUCCUCAGCCCUGCUCGUUGGCAGAAGCAGGAGCUGCAGUGGCAGAAAGCAGCACGCCAGAAGACGCUUUUCUGUUUGAAAUCAAAAGAUGAAGACGCCCCACCCUCCCCUCUCCCUUCCUUUGUCUCCCCCUACUCCCCCCUCCCUCUAUCUUUCUCUCUGUUUUACUUCCAAGACGCAGCAUUUGACAGUUUACAUGCCACAGGGGGACGCCGACACAUGACACACACACGAACUGGACUUGAAAAGAUGGACGACUGUGAGCGGCAGCCGAUGAGGGUGGGGACGGAAGCGGGGAGGGAGGGGGAGGUGAUAUGGUUGUUCAGUGAAUGUCGCUGGGAUGCGUUUAUGAUUCAGAAAACGCCAUGACACUGAUGAUGAGAAUGAUGAUGAUGAUAGCCACAUGAUUUUCCUUUUUUUAAUUUAGUGGGUGUGUGUGUAUGUGUGUGUGUGUGUGUGUGUGUGUGUUUGUGGCGCUGACACCUGCAUCCGUCACACAGGAGGCCAGGAAGACACGCCCUCUUCCCCUUGUUAUAUGGCAGCAAACUCCAAAACCAAGAAUAACAUAUAUUUCAGAAAGAGGGGUUUUUUUGCUUCUUCAAAAAAUGCAUGGAGCCUCAUGGAAGCAGAUGAGCCUUGAAGAGUUUUCGACAUCAACUCAGCUCGCUUUUAUUCACAGCUUAAGGGUGUUCAGUCAAGGGGAGGGGGGCUUGUUUGUUGCAUUGAAAUCAUGCACGCCUUAAAAGUUACCUAAAGCUAGACAGCCGCAUGGUUUUCAGACUGUGAUGACUCGGCAGUUUGGAGAGGGGCCCAUGAGAGUGGGUGUGGCUCAUGUGCACAUGGGGGCGGGGCUUAUGAGCCACAGCGGACAUAGAUGUGAAAGUUUAGUUGGGUUGACAGGUGUUCAUUUUAAAUAUUAAAAUCUGAAAUACUUUGGAGUUUGCUGCCGUUUCAAACUCACUUCUGCGCAUGUACACACAUACACUCACACACACACACACACACACACUCAAGUGUCGGAGGGCGGAGCGUCAUGUCGGGGGGCGGGGAUCAAUGUGUUUGUUUAAAGGAGUCAGGGUGGGCGGGGUUUGGGAGGGGGAGGGGCUUUUUUGGUUUUCAGUUGGGUGGGUGGGAGGGUUUGGGGUUGGGUCAUAAAGGGGCAGGGCUUAAAAUGUUAUGAUUCUAUUGUGUAUAUUGAAACCCCAGCUGUUCACAUUGACUGCAAUAUGAUUUAUGUUAAAUAAAAUAUGAACUUGAAUGAUUA